GGGGUCUGUCCUCAAGGGUCAGCCCCACUCAGUGCUGGGGUGGCACCAUCCCUGUCCCCAAGGAUCAGCCCCGCUCCGCCCCUUUCUCAGCCAGAAAUAACCGUUGCUCCGCAGCAGGACUUUGGCAUCCCAGCCAGAGCCCAGCACGGGGCGAGAAGCAGAAGCACAGGGUGCCAGCUGGGGCCACCCAAUACUGCUGGCUGAAGCCACACUGUGUCUUUGUACACUGUGCAACCACAGGGCAUCCUCAGCUCCUGCUACCACAAGGAAUCCUCUGGCCAGGUAGGGGAUUGUGGUGCUGCGCUCGGGCCAAGGGACGGGUGGGUGCACAAGGCUUGGGGACAGCACAGCCUUGGGGUCCUGGUGUGGUCCCCCUAAUGGAACAGAGCAGACAGAGCCAGGAAAAGGUUUGCAGGGGAAUGAGCUGUUCCCUGUUCCUCCAUGCUGCUGCCACCUGAGGAUGGGCAACAUCGGAGCCAGAGCUGGCAAAGAACCACGUGCCAUGCACCACGCAGCCACAGCCUGGGGGGACCCGGAGCUGACCAGGGCUCCUAGGAAAAGGUGACAGCCUGAAUCCCCGCUCACCACAUAGGCUGGGUUCCUCGGUUCCUCGCCCUGAGGGGUCAGAGUUGCAGCUCCUGCGGCCAGCAGCUGAAAAUAGCUCUGCUGAGGUGAACGGUGGGAGCAGCCAGAUCCCACAGUGCUGCUCCCAGUGGGGCUCAGGGGUAAGGACGCCUUGCUGCAGGCAGUGCUGGGCAUAUUUCUGCCCUAAAGGAAGACAAAACGGAAAUCAGAUACAAGAUGACUCCAGGCUUCCCAAGGGGGUUCUGGUUGCAGUGAGAGGGAGGGGUGACAGAUGCAAAGAUUGGGGUGGGCACACAAAAACGCAGCUCUACUCACAUGUAGGGCAUCCCCAGGGCUCUGAGCAUCCCCAAUGCUGCUGUGGGGAACAGCUUCCCCUUCCCAGCCAUCACCCAGGGCCACCUUUCUCUUGCAGUCGUCCUCAUCCCACAGCUCUGCCCCAGGAGCGUGGCAGCAGGCGAUGACCAUCAUGAAACCGGAUCCUGGAGAUGCACCCCAGCUGGACCUGGGCAAGAAGGUGAGCACACCACAGGAUGUGAUGCUGGAGGAGCUCUCCCUGAGCACCAACCGUGGCUCUCAGCUCUUCCAGCAGCGGCAGAAGCGGAUGCAGCGCUUUGUCUUUGAGCACCCCAGUGGUUACAGGAAGCCCCCAGGGCCAGCUGGCUCACAUGGCACCGAGAGAGGAGAAGGAGCAGUCAAUGAGUGGACAGCUGGGAAUGCUGAGGGCCAGCAGAGCUUUCACUCCGAGCUGCACGUGGCAGUGUCACCCCAUGGUGGGCCUCCCGAGGUGCCCAAAAAGACAGAAAAAGUCUUGCACAUGAUCAAAGUCCUCAAUCCAGAUUCUCUGGCACCAGGGUACUCAACCCCUCUCAAAGAAGUGCCCCCAGAGAAGUUCAAUGUCACAGCCAUUCCCAAGGGCUACCGCUCCCCGUGGCACGGACACAUGGAUGACAAGGACAAGGCUGUGGGCAGUGAGAACCGGCUGCCCAUGAAACUCCCACAUGGGGAUUUCAUAAACUUCAACAGGACUCCCACGCCGUUUGACAAAGCCCAGCUCAGCGACCUCUUCUAUGUGCCUCCUGCCGAGCUGGACCUGAGUGUUCUGGAGGUGAUCUCCCGCAGACCCAACUUCAACAGAGUCCCUCAAGGCUGGGCACGAGUUCUGCCUGAGAGUGAUGAGCUGUAGCACCCACGCUCCCUUCCCCAUCGCCACGGAUGCUUUUCUCGCUAGAGUGAGCCGUACUUUGCACAGCAGGGGAGAGGGGAUGAAAUCUUCCUGCCUGGCACUUGGUGAAAGACAAGCUAGUGGUCUCGUGUUGUCAUUCUUUUCUAUGGGAUUUGAACAAGCUCAGGUCUGGGACCAUUUUGAAUUCUCCCCACGCCAGUCACUGUCACAAGGACGUUUAGCACUAAGCUGAGCAGCCAAGCUCUCAUCGCUGAUGCAAGGAGAUCCCUGCGAGCUCCCAUCACCGUCACCACACAAAAAUCCUGAACAGGCUGUUCUCUCCCCCGUGCUUUGGAAAAUGGCAGGACCACCAGCUGCAACGCACCGAGCAGCCUCGCUGCUUGCUGACACACAAGAGCUGCUCUGACAGGUGGUGUCUUUGCAGAGAAAUUCCAUCUUAAGGACAACUCUUCAUCUGCCGUGCUGCUCAGGACAGCGAGAGGAGGUGAAUGCUGACAAACACCAGCAGAACAAGUCACCAGAGGCACCGGCAUGUUAAAUGCAGUUAUGUGGGGCUUGGCUGGACAGCAAAAGCAAAUGAUGAACUGGUGACCUGCUUGUUUACCAACACACAUACAGCACAGCCUGGAGACGAGGAAAAGGUCAAGAGUUGGAUAUUUGUGCCUUUUCCUUGAACUACUGACUAACUACAGCUGUUAUUUUCUCCUCCUUCCUCCUAUCUGCAUGCCUUAAGAUCAACUUAAGCUCUUCGAUCAACUUAUGUCAGCUUGCCCUCAUACAGCUGGUGAGUAAGGAUCAGGCCCUGCUGGACUAGACACACUGCAGAGCUGCAUGGGUCACAGAUCUGAAUGCUACUGCCAGGGUAUCUGAGUAGCUUCAGCAUCCAUGGAGAGGAACAGCAGCACAGUUGUGCCCCUACAGCAACCCCGGGCCUCUCCAUAAUGUGAGUAUCAGCAGUGAGGAUUUGACUACAGGAACUUUUCCAGCAGUGACAGGCAGUGGGACAUGCAGCUAACAGCAGUACCCAGCACAACCAUCCAGAGCACCUGAAAAGUCCUGCUGAGCACUAACAAAAAGCUGUAAUGCUUUCUACAACUGCUUUUGUCAAGUUCUUAAUUCACCUCUAUUUAACCUUGUGAUAAAAGGAGCAUUGGGAUAAAAGUGUGUUUUUCCUACACCACUGUGGUUAAACUAGACAAGCAAAUUUUGGUGUAAAAUGCAGCUAACAGCUGCCUCACUUAUAAAAUAUAUUUUUGAUGCUAUGCAGAUGGAUGCAUAGAGGAAAUCCCAAACAAGAGUUCUGCUGCAGCAACACAUCAUACAGGCAGGAAACUUGCAUUUCUGUUUUUCCCACAGAAGCACAAGGGGAUAAGCAAAUGGGACGAAAAAAGGUCUAUUCCUUUAACGUUAUAAACUUACAGUGCACAACUUCUGAUCUGUUCUAAACCCACCUCUCUUCCCUUUGUCCACCAGCUGAAGAAAAUGCUUACCUCUGAGGAUUUGGUUAGAAAAUAAAUUAAUUGCCAUCAUGUAAAGCUUGCCUGAGUUCUGUCUGCAGUGCUCAUGGGCCCUGACUGGAACCCUGGGGCCAGAGCAGCAGCAGCAGCCCUCCUGACCCACCAACAUGCCCCAGCCUCCCCCAACGCUGCCUUGGGCUGCCUCUCACCUGAUGAGAGCCAAACUCCUGACCAGGGAGUGCAGACUGUGCCCCAGUUGUGUCCCUGGGGCCGUGCCUCUGACAGCACCACAUGCUUUCAGCAGAAUCAGUGCUCAGUGCCUCUGGGUCCUAUAGGUCAGUACGGAGAACUAGAAGUGUAUUCACUGUUACAGCACACUUUGUAGCUGCUUUGGUGGCAGCUGAAUAAAAUCAAAAGUCCUCAGGCACCCUGCUCCAGGGUCAAAGCAAAGUACUGAAAAAUUCAUGUGUUUUAAUGUAUUUUUUUUUAAACAAGCAAAUGAGGCUUCAGAACAGGUCCCAUCAUGUUUUGCUAUACAGAGAAAUGUCCACAGAUCCAUUACAAGCAGCAGACAUACAUAUCACCUUAAAAUUCUCUAGCCAUGUGCCCAUACAUCUUAUUCAACUGCAGGCUCCAUGAAAGACACAGUUGCUCCUAGACAAAUGCUACGGUUGGAGGAAAAAAAAAAAGAAAGGUUUCAUGUCUUAUCAAAUCAGAAACACCUGAUCCAUCUCACAGUUCAAGACUGUAUCCAAAACCCUUGAAAGCCUGAAACAUGCUCUGAAAAUACACAGGACAAGUUUGCAGCUGUACGUUGCUGCUGACAGCUGCAGGGGGUGCAGAAGCCCAACCUCUGGGGACCUUCAUUAGGUUAAAACUGCUCACCUGUCACUCCAGGUCACACCUGCACUAUCAGCAGGCUGCUUGCUGCUUAUCUUACUCAGGAUAUGUAGGAUUAGAAAUAAAGCACCAAAAGCUUUUUUUUUUUUUUUUUUUAGUAAAAAAAAAAGGGAGCAAUUCUGUGGCACUUGUAAGGCAAAGCAAUGAGUUUGGCACAUGUGAUAAGCUUGUUUUUCAGCUCUUAUACUGUCCUGGCUUAAUACUACAAGAUUAAUACCUAAUUAGAA